CCACACCUUUCCACACACCGCGUACUCCCUACAUCUGCAAGGAAACAGCGACCAAAGAAACCUGUUCUGCCCGUCUUCCACUACCAAGCAUUGACCGUCGGAGACGGCCCAUCCCAAAGUUUUUCUUGGUCGGGCGGCUGUGCACUCGCUGGCGUGUGCGGCUUGCGCGCGGCGGCCGCGGCUUGGUGCCUUCUCGAACUCUCGGAAAGGGGGGAGGGGUGUUCAAUACAACCAAACGAGGGAAAGUAGCAGGGUGAAACCAUGUCCGCCAACGCCCACGGCUUCGAGCUACCGUCAACGUCGGCGUCGACGCUGGCGACGACGGCAGCCGCCAUCGGCAACCUCCCCAAUAACCACAGCAACGGUGUGAACAGCCGCAGCAGCAGUCACAUCCGCAGCAAGAGCAGACACGACAAGAGAGCCUCCGCGCCGGCUCCGACGCCUCCUGUUACAGCUGCCACCGCCUCGACAGCAACCGCCGCCUCAGCAGCCCUGCUUCCCGCGCGACGACCGCGGCACCACAUCACACGCUCCAUCACCGAGUUCUCGCCGCCCCUCAGGAUGCAUCGGCACCGGCACAGUCACCACCACCACCCGAUGCAGCACGCGCUGCACAUCAACGCCCAGAGCCGGCGCGACAGGGACAGGUUGCUGCUCCUGGAUGAGAGGACAUCGGCCCCCGGAGCCGAUGGACGGAGCUCGCUCGACAUGACGAGGUCGGAGCAUGUGACGCCCAACAGGAGCCCAGACUCGAGCCGGAGGACCAGCGCGCUCGUGGGGCCGGCGAUCGGGGGCGGAGAGAGUACCUUUUUGGUUACGCCGCCGGGAAGAACAAGGAAGGUCGACAAGGCGGCCGUGCUGUCGGAAGAGAAGAACCGGACCGCGAGCCGGGUCAUGGGCCUGAAGAACUCCCUCGUCGAACUCAGCGGGUUCUCGACCGCGACGACGAGGCACCUCGAUGAGACGUACUACUCGGUGCUGGAGAAGAAGAGCAUGCUGCAAAGCACCGUCACAGCGAUGCGGGAGCUGACGGUGGCCUCGCGACAGCUGACGGGAGAGUUUGAGGAGCAGGCCGAGGAGAUGUCGCGCGAGGUGGCGGCGCAGCUCGACCAAUUCGGACUGUUCGGCGAGCAGGAGUCGCGCAUCGAGGCGCUGCAGAGCCGGGUCGAGGCUGGGCGGACGCGGAUUCAAGGGCUGAGUGAGCGCGUCGACCUCGUGCGGCGCCGUAUUGAGGGGUGGGAGAGCGCGGACCGCGAGUGGCAAGAGAAGACACGCAAGAGGCUGCGGACCGUGUGGAUCGUCAUGUCAGUCGUGUUCGCCGUGUUGAUCCUGCUGUUCGUCGGCGCGCAGUACCUCGGCGGGCCCGAGGUCGAGGACAGAAAAGGUCUCGAGGGGGCUGAGAGGGAGUUCAACAGGAGCAUGGGAGUGUUGGGGAAGAAGGGGCCGCGCGAGAAGCUCCUGCCGCCGUUGUGGGAGGGCCGGAACGGGAGGGAGGAGGAGGAGGACCGAUUGAGGGUGUUUGACGAGCUCUGAGGGCUACGAGGGAUGGCGUGCGUACAGACGGGCGAAACGGUUCGGGAUUGCAUUGCGGCCACUGCAUACUAAUAUUUGAUACCCUCCGAAUAAAUUAAGUCAAUGCUCUCUCUGUAUCGACCUGCUUUUCCACCGGCCGGUCUUGGAAUUCUGGCGAACUCGUCCAUCCAUGGUAAUAGGUAUAUAGACCAAUGCCAAUAACCACC